AAACACAUUUCACCAAGACAUGAACAAAUUCCUACAGGACACAAACCAAAAUGGUUCACAAUAUUAGAAGAAAAAACCAUUAUACAUUCCCUUACUAGAAAACUCAACUCUAAUCUGAGUCUCUUACAAACUAACUCCUUAUCUUUUAGAACCGAACAUUACAACUUAAAAUCAAAACCUUGGCUUAUUACU